CAACCUCAUCAUCUCAAGCAGGAUGAGAGCCAGAAAUCGGCUCCUCCUCAGCUUUGCCACGGUCUGCUUCACAAUCUCCAGUCGCUGUGAAACAUCCUGUGGUUGUAGGAGGUGGGCUAUGAGCCGGUGUCUAGGUGGCAAACAGGAACCCAUUUAAACCAGAGGAGAGACUGAACAGACGCGCAUCGGACGGAUGACAGCAAAAAUCUGCGCACAGGGGAAGUAACAUGAGAAGCGGUCGCUCUGUCUCCACCUCCGCUGCUUGAAUGCUGCCCUUUAAGGAGGCUGCUCUCGCUGCGGAUCCUGUUUGACGGUGAUGCGCUGACAGGAUGGGGAUGCUCCAUAGGUGUUUGGUUAAAGUGCGGCAAACCUCUUUAAAAAUGCAAUGAACAGAUAAACUGAUCCUGACGUGCUUCGACGCUUAAAAGAGAAAUUCGGGUGUUUUGCAGAUGUAAGGAUCUCGGAGAUAAAAGAUUUUUCUCAUGCUGCCUGAUGACAGAGGCGGAAUUUAAUGUUCAACUGACAUAUGUGAAGGAAUUGCUUUUUUUGUUUUGGAUCGUUGCACUCAGUGCCUGGAAGUGAAGACGUUUGCAAACUGUUUUAUCUUAUCUGUUGUUAUAACCUUCGGUCUGUCACCUGGACUUCAGUGCAUCCCUCUGUUUAAGCCUUCCAACCAAAGUGGUUCUUCUAUGACAGCAUGGAGUGGAACACUGGAGCCACACUUAAUGGUGAACCAGAGUGUCUUUUUCCGGCUGUAAACCAAAUCAUCAUCUAACGUUCACCUUUUUUUUAUUAUAACAAUACCCAUGACACGGCCUUAGUGUCUUUAGUUUUCACAUAAAAAUUGCUGCUGUGAUGGUAAAUCGCGAACCGCGCUGGUUCGCUGGAAAUAACGCGAGAUUUGGCCCUAUACUUUCAACAUUUGGAACUAGGAGCCACGAGACCCGCCAAUAGCUUUAAGAAGCGGCACGCGCCAUGGAUGACUCUGGCAUCAUUCGAAGACGAAGGCUGCAGAAGGAUCUACCUCUGCCUCGUAAAAGUAGCAGUUGUAGAACCAGUAACCGGAAGAGCCUCAUUCUGACCAGUACUUCCCCCACCCUGCCGAGGCCGCACUCUCCAUUACCUGGACACAUAGGAAGCAGUCCAUUGGACAGCCCGCGCAACUUUUCACCAAGCGGACCUGCCCACUUUUCCUUCGCCUCAUCCCGAAGGGCUGAUGGUCGUAGAUGGUCUUUGGCCUCUCUACCUUCCUCAGGUUAUGGCACUAAUACACCCAGUUCAACGUCAUCCAGCUCUUCUCAGGAGCGUCUGCACCAGCUGCCCUUUCAGCCAACCAUGGAUGAGUUGCACUUUCUGUCUAAGCACUUUGGCAGCACAGAGAGCAUCACAGACGAUGACGGAGGGCGACGUUCGCCACAUGUGCGCCCUCGCUCCAGAAGCCUCAGUCCGGGGCGCUCCCCAUCCUGCUAUGACAAUGAAAUAAUGAUGAUGAACCAUGUCUACAAGGAACGCUUCCCCAAGGCUACAGCUCAGAUGGAGGAGAGGCUGGCAGAGUUCAUCCAGAAUUACUCUCCAGAGAACGUUCUGCCCCUGGCUGAUGGGGUCCUCAGUUUCAUCCACCACCAGGUUGCUGAGAUGUCCAGAGACUGCCUGACCAAAUCGCACGAGGGGCUGAUAACAAGUGUUUAUUUCCGAGAGCUGCAAGAGAAUCUGGAGAAACUGCUCUACAAUGCAUAUGAACGCUCAGAGAGUUCGGAGCUUACCUUCGUCACCGAGCUUGUCAAAAAGCUCUUUAUCAUCAUAUCUCGUCCUGCCAGGCUGCUAGAGUGUUUGGAGUUCAAUCCAGAGGAGUUCUACCAUCUACUGGAGGCUGCAGAGGAUCACGCCAAAGAGGGACAACUAAUGAAGGCAGACAUCCCCAGAUAUAUCAUCAGUCAACUUGGGCUGACCCGGGAUCCGCUAGAAGAAAUCGUGAGCCUUGACAGCUAUGACAGUGAGGGUCCACAUACCCCAGAGACGGAUGACUCAGCCGAGGGAAAAGGCAAAUCCAUCAAGCCACCCUGUGAAGAAGACUUUCAGACCAUCAAACUGAUCAGCAACGGAGCUUAUGGUGCCGUGUAUCUGGUGCGGCACAGGGAGACACGUCAGCGGUUUGCCAUGAAGAAGAUCAACAAGCAGAAUCUGAUCCUGAGGAACCAGAUCCAGCAGGCGUUUGUGGAGAGGGACAUCCUGACUUUUGCAGAGAACCCUUUCGUUGUGUCCAUGUUCUGUUCCUUUGAAACUCGCCGCCAUCUCUGCAUGGUUAUGGAAUAUGUGGAAGGUGGGGACUGUGCCACUUUGCUGAAGAACAUCGGGGCUCUGCCUGUAGAGCUAGCAAGGAUGUACUUUGCUGAAACCGUUUUGGCCUUGGAGUAUCUACACAACUAUGGUAUCGUUCACAGAGACCUGAAACCUGACAAUCUACUGAUCACCUCCAUGGGGCACAUUAAGCUGACAGACUUUGGGUUGUCAAAGAUGGGUCUAAUGAGCCUCACCACUAACCUUUAUGAAGGACACAUUGAGAAAGACGCUCGGGAAUUCCUGGACAAACAGGUGUGUGGGACCCCUGAGUACAUCGCUCCUGAGGUGAUUCUCCGACAAGGCUACGGAAAACCUGUGGACUGGUGGGCCAUGGGCAUCAUCCUGUAUGAAUUCUUGGUGGGGUGUGUGCCUUUCUUUGGGGACACACCUGAGGAGCUGUUUGGACAGGUCAUCAGUGAUGACAUAGUUUGGCCAGAAGGUGAUGAGGCUUUGCCUGCAGACGCCCAGGCCCUCAUCUCUGCUCUGCUGCAGACCAACCCUCUCGUAAGGCUGGGCACAGGUGGAGCUUUUGAGGUCAAACAGCACUCUUUCUUUUCCACGCUGGACUGGAACAGUUUGUUGAGACAGAAAGCCGAGUUUGUCCCCCACCUGGAGUCUGAGGAAGACACCAGCUACUUUGACACCCGCUCAGAUCGUUACCACCACAUCAACACGUACGAUGAGGAUGACACCAAUGAUGAUGAGCCCGUAGAGAUCAGACAGUUCUCCUCUUGCUCUCCUCGCUUUAGUAAGGUGUACAGCAGCAUGGAGCAUCUUUCCCAGCUGGAGCAGAAAGCUACAACCUCUGUUUCCCGUCGGGAACACAGAAGCCCACGGGAGGACAAGGUGACGAAAAGAGAGAGCCUCGGAAGCUUCGGCAUGAGGGAGAAAAGCUGGAGGACUGGGUCUCCGGAGAUGAAGCGGCUGUCCUGCUCUGAGUCUCUGUACUCGGAAGGAGAUGCGAGUCCUCCUCUUGGUGCCAGGCGCCGCUUCUCAGCUUUGAUGGACACCCAUCGUUUUGCCUCAACUUUUGAAGGGGAGUCGGAUUCUCUGACCCGCCAGAACCUGAUGAGGUUCAGAGGAACCUCACUAGAUGGGACAACCGUCCCUUCACCAAGCCUCCUGGAGCACAGGCCCUUUGUGAGGGAGCUCAAUGGAGCAGGUAUGUUGGCAGAUUUAGAAGGCAAACAUUCUAUUAAACUGAUUAAAUCACUUAUUGAUCAAACCAUCGGACUUCUUGCAGAGAAAUCACCCAGACUUUCAGAGACAUCCAACAUAAGCUCAGCCAUCAUGACAUUAUCCCCUGGUCCUGUCGCGCCCUGUCGAGAUGUGAUCACCCCUCUGUGUGACCCCUUGGGGGCUAGAGCCACCAAUGACCUGGUCCUCCGCCGGGCACGCCAUCACCACUUAUCUGGCGACGGAGAAAAACGGAACUCACGACAAGGAAACAAGGUCAUCAAGUCAGCGUCGGCCACAGCUCUGUCCGUUAUCAUCCCGUCAGUGGAGCAACACGGUGGCUUCUCUCCACUGGCCAGCCCCAUGUCACCUCAUUCCUUCUCCUCCAACCCCUCAUCCCGUGACUCCUCACCGAGCCGAGACUUCUUUCCUGCGGUCACCGUUCUUCGAUCCCCGAUCACAAUUCAUCGCUCUGGGAAGAAAUAUGGCUUUACCCUAAGGGCUAUCAGAGUUUACAUCGGAGACAGUGACAUCUACAGCGUCCAUCACAUGGUUUGGCAUGUGGAGGACGGAGGCCCGGCUCAGGAAGCCGGUCUGUGCGCAGGUGACCUGAUAACGCACGUCAACGGUGAGCCGGUCCAUGGUUUGGUCCACACUGAAGUGGUGGAGCUCAUCCUCAAGAGUGGCAACAAGGUGACGGUGACAACUACGCCUUUUGAGAACACCUCCAUUAAAGUGGGGCCAGCCCGUAAAGCCAGCUACAAGUGCAAGAUGGCUCGACGAAACAAGAGGACAGCUGGGAAGGAAAGUCAGGACAGUAAGAAGCGCAGCUCCUUGUUCCGUAAGAUCACGAAGCAGUCCAACCUCCUCCACACCAGCCGCAGUCUCUCCUCUUUAAAUCGCUCACUAUCCUCCAGUGAGAGUCUUCCUGGCUCCCCGACUCAUAGCCUGUCUGCCAGGUCUCCGACUCAGGCCCACCGCUCGACGCCCGAGCCCUCCUACCUCGGAGCUUCUUCCCAGAGCAGCUCUCCUGCCUCCAGCACUCCAAACUCACCCUCUCCCUCUCAGCACAUGAGGCCCAGCUCUUUGCAUGGCCUUUCCCCAAAACUUCACCGCCAGUAUCGCUCUGCCCGCUGCAAAUCUGCUGGAAACAUCCCUCUAUCCCCUCUGGCACACACACCCUCCCCUACCCAGUCUUCCCCUCCUGCUAUGCCAGGCCACACAAUAGGAAGUUCGAACACGACACAGUCUUUUUCUGCAAAGCUCCAUUCCUCGCCACCAGUGGUCCGACCCAGGCCAAAGAGCGCAGAGCCCCCACGGUCACCUCUCCUUAAGCGAGUGCAGUCUGCAGAGAAGCUCGGCUCUCCUCUGACCCAGUCCAGUUCAACCGGAGGACUUGGAGGUCCGCUGAGGAAGCACAGCCUAGAGGUGCAGCACUCUGAGUACCGCAAAGAUGCCUUCCUCUGUGAGCUUGGACUCCAGAGCCUGAUGGAGACGGAAGGAGAGAACCUGCCUCCCAAUGUUCCAACGCCGCCAGUUUCCUCCACUGUCCCAGAGACUGGUGUGCUGAAGCCUGUAAGGAGGCUUGGGAGACAGGAGUCACCCCUCAGCAGGGAGACUCUGCUAGCUGGAAGGGAAAGGGAAGAGAGAGAAAGAGGGAGAGAAAGGGAAAAAGACAGAGAGAUGGGGAUAAAUCAGGCAGGUGGGCCAGGGUCACAGUCAUCUUUGGUGAGAAAAUCUCAUUCAAGUGACAUUAGCAUGAACUCCAAACACAGUGAGGAAAACAGAAAAUCCACAACUCCUGGUUCUCCUAUCAAAACUGCAGGCACAUCUCCUGCACAACUAGAGGUUAAAAACAGCAAAGAUCUCCAGCUCAAGCAACAAGGAGGGAAACCUGAGCCAAAGCAAGAGGUAGAAAACAAAGAUAGAUCCUGUCUGACAACUGCUGCCUUAAAUAAGAGCUCUUCUACCUUGGAAAAAUCAACCGCAAUCAAAACAGGAGCUUCUCUGACCAUGAAUAAGACUUAUAAGUCAUCAGGUAUCGGAAACAACCAGCGGAAGUCUGACAACAAUGAUUCAAGAACUGCAGAGCUGGGCUCCAAAAGCCCAAAACUGCAAGCUCGGGUUCUGGCUCCUGUGGUUCCCUCACAUGGGCCGCCGCUCUCAAUGGGUAAAGUGAGGCAAGGGUUGGGUCCCGUUAAUUGUUACAGGGGAACUCUGGACUGGGAAGAUAAAUGUCGCCUGGAAGUGGUGGAGGAGCAUUCGCCCUCUCCGUCCCCCUCCCCAACAGCUGUCACGCCCUCUCUCUGUGGACCUUCGCUUUGUAAGUCGCGGCCUAUUUCCCCCGGAGACAAGACGAGUUUCGUCAGCCAGCUCACAACCGUGGCCAAAAAUGUCCUCGGACCAAUCAAGCUGGGCUCUACAGAGGGGGCCAAGAAUAAAGAGCAGCAGAACAAGGCAUCAGAGGAGAAGCAGGGGGCUGCCACUGGGAAGUUGGACCCUCCUGCAGGAGCUCGAGUGGUGACUCAAAGUCCUGGCAAUUCUCCGCUUGAAAAAGCAGCACCUGGGAACCUUCCAAAAAUGUGACCCCCUCUUCCCAGGAUCUUCAAAUCAAGUCAGACACUAGAAGAAAAUACUAAAAACAUUUUUUUGGAAGGGACAAAAUGAAAACGGCACUUAAAGAUGUACAUUCCAGUUUCAUAGUAUAUAAAGUCUUAUUUAUUAAUUAAAUCCUUGAAAAAUUCUAAUGUAAAAGCAGAAAAAAAAAAGAAAAACCCGUAAAGGUGCAUUAACUGUUGGUUUUCUAUGAUGCAUACUUUAUAAAGACACAUAGUCACGUAAAGUGGAACACUUUAUCAGAUAUAUAUCUAUGUGUGUGGGUCAAUGUGAAUGCAUGCUAUGUACUGUACGUGCAUAAUAGGUACAAGAGGGUCAAAAAGUGCUUUACUGAUCAAAACAUGCUGAAUACCGUGAAUACCAAAUUCUUUUACUCUGUUUUUACCAAACCAGGAUGGGUUUUUUUUUGUUGUUCAAACCGUAUAGUGAAUCAGUCAAGUUGUAGUAUUUGCUCCGAGCAGUACAUAUUGCACACAGCAUCGGUUUGGCGUCUGGAUAAAAGCAGAGGCAUGGUUAGGCCUGUUUCCUCAUUCGCUGAACGGUCAGCCGAAGCCACGGCGAUCCUCUGUCAGCGGAUGUUACAUUAGGACCUGUCUGUCAUAACUGUGUGUGUUUAUCCUGUCCUCCUGUACUAAGGAUUCUGGAAAGCACCAGAGGAGAAAGAGAAGGACUGAACUUGGGGCUCAGUGCUUAUCUCGCUCUCACAGGAAGGCCACAGCAGCCUUUCUUCUCCCUCAGCCUCUCCGUCCAGCCAUGCGCAGAAGCACAAACACUCAGAAAGCAUUUACAUCGCCGCAGGAGACAGCUCUGUCAGCAGCUGAUUUAAUACUCUUUUAAUCCAUACUCCUGUUGUGGUCUGUGAAGCAGAAGACAGGUGUGUCUGAAAAAGGUUGAACACAUGUUUGUUUUUUCUGGGAGCCAUUAUGCUCAUUAAGGCGGCGUGACAGAAGGCAGCCUGGAAAUCUGUAGUUAGGUUCCAGGGAUAAUUGGGACACAAGAAGGAUUAAAAACCUCUAAUCGACUUAUCGCACACACACAAUGCAGGCUGAUAAGACUGUAGGAAGAGUAGAAUACUUAUAUAUCAUAUAAGCACAUGUAUUGAGUAAAGUGAAGAGUUUUCAGCCAGGCAGUUAAUGAUGUAGCAUAUUUAACUUGAAGGGCUCUGCGGCUAAAGUACAGGUUGUGCAGAUAGAACUGAAAUAGUCCAGUAAACUUGUUGUUUUUCUUUUUUUUCCAAAUCAAAGCAGCAGUUUAGUAACCUGACUCCGCCAGAUGGAUUUGCUCCG